AUGGAUGACAAUGUUUAGUAAAAUGAAAAAGUUAAAGAUAUAAUCAUGGAUUUAGUUAACGAAGAAGAAGAUACAGAAUUAGAUGUGCCUACUAUUAUAAAUCUAGCAGAAAGAAUAGAUAAAAGCUUCAAUGAGAGAAAAGAAGCGUUAUAUGUUUUGGAGGAUUUAUUUAAAAAUGCUCCAAGUGGCAUGAUAUUAAAAGGAGUUUAAAUUUUAGAGACACUUGUUAAAAAUUGUAAUUAGAAAUUUCAUCUUGAUGUCGAUUCAAAAGAUUUCUAAGAUGCUAUAUUAAAACUCUUAAAUAGAAAAAGGGGAAAAAAGAGCUUCUUUAAAUAAAUAAAAUAAAACAAUAAAAAUUGGGAAGUUAUAGAAAACAAGGUAUUGUAUUUAAUAUAGUUAUGGUAUGAUACUUUUAUGAUGCAUGAGGGAGAUUAUCCUAAUAUAAUGAAUAAUUACAAACUCCUAAGAAAAGAGGGAAUCAAAUUUCCAGAAAGAGAUCCAAACGAAAUGCAUAUGAUUAAUUUUAAAGGAAUAAAAUCUCCCAUUUUUGGAUUACUUGAAGAAUAAUAAAUGUAAAAAUCAGGAAUAGUUCCUAAAAAGAAAAGAGAAGAGUUAAUUACAAAGCCAGCUCAAAGUGAUUAUGCAUAAAAAUUUGAAAUAAAUCAGCAAAAUCUAGAUAAAUUGGUAGAUAAUUUAUAAAUUAUUAGUGCAAUCAUUGAAAGUGCUUAGUAGCCUGAAGAUUUUUAAACUGAUUUUGCUCAAGAUAUUAUGAUGUUCUUGAAAUCUUUUAAAACUAAAAUUAUGCUUUUAAAUUCGUAAAACAAGCUAGAUGAUUUAAAAGAACAGAAGAAGUAAAUAUUAGAGUUUUACAAAUAAACUAGAUUGGUUAUAAAAAACUUUGAAUAAAAAUCAUAAGAAAUUGAAUAAUUGAAUAGAGCUAUAUAAGAAAGUGCCAUAGAAGAAUAUUCUAAAAUAGCAGAGAAAACAAACUAUGUAAAGAAGCUCAAAAGCUUAAAUAUCGCACCUCCAACAAAAUUAGGAGAUGCUAAAUUAAAUAGCUGUGAUAAUAAUAACCUAAAAUAAAAUAAUUAAGUAAAAUAAGAAUCGACUCAAUAGCAAAAGUAAAUAAUUUAAAAUGAUACUGCUUAAUAAUAACAAUUAGCAAAUAGCUAAAAUAUUACUAAAUAAUAAAGCAAUAACAUAGAUUUACUUGAUUUCGAUUUUGAUUAGCCAUAAAGCAACACUGCUCCUACUUAGUUGCACUAAAACCAAACAAAUAGUAAUACAGGAUAAAACCCUAGUUAACCAGUUUAAUCCUAAAUCUAACAAGGAUUCUAAAGCUAGCUAUAAUAGUUUAAUUAAUAAUAAUAAUAAUUUACAACUUAUAAUCCAUAAUAAGCAUUUUAAAUUUAACAAUAAGCCUUUCAGAAUUAAUAAUAAAUAUAUUAAAAUUAACAGUAAGCAUUUUAGAAUUAAUAAUAAACAUUUUAGAAUUCUCAAUAAACUUUGACCCCUCCUCAAUUUUCUUCUCCUCAGUAAGCAAUAUCUAAUUAAUAAAAGCCUCAAACAUAAGUUCAGUCACAAUUAUAGAAUACUGGAGUAGAUUUAUUUUCUGAUUAAAAUACUUAAGAUAACAAUAAAUAAAGCAAAAACAAUAAUUAGAAUCUAGAAGAAGAUGAUUUUUGGGGUGAAAUAGCUACGAGAAAAUGA